ACAACGUGUUUAUGUGUAUUGAGAAAUUAGUUGUAUACUCGAAGAUGGGGGAAACUUUUGGCGAGAUUACAGAUGAAGAACUGAAUGCGGCUUUUAAUCGGGUUAAAGUCAAGGUUAAUGGUUAUGAUGUUAUGAGAGAAAGUUACUACGAAAUUCGUGAUGGGAUUGGUGACAUAGUCAAGACGUGCUCAACAAAUGUGAAAGUUGUCAUCUAUGUGAAUGAUGUACUAGAUAGUCCCAUAACAGUGAAAUCAGGAAAUGCCGAAAACAGACUUAGAAUUACAAUCAAAUCAGGCGGACGGGUGUCCUACAGUUGGACGAAGGAAACUUGGGGGAAAGUAUUUAGAGAUGCUUGGAAUGGAAUAAAGUCCCUUCUCCAAAGAAUAAUUACGUUUAUUGCAUCCAAUGCAAGAACUCUUCUUGGACUUGGACAGGCGGCUUUGGCGGCAAUCGGCUUUUAAAAAUGUUUCUAAGGCGGAUAAUGAUCUUUUUACAUUUCAAUCAAAAAAAAAAUAUUAAUGUAAUUUUUGAAAAUCUGUACAUGUAUUAUAAUACAUUGGAUAAUUGUAAUAUAAAUUACCAUUGUUUAUUUACCUUUCAACAUUAAAAGAUUC